AUGCGUCUUGGACCUAAUACGAACAUUGAACUGAAUGACAAUGACAUUGCUGUAUUGUCUAAGGAGAGCUUCCUUCCAAUGUUAGACAUCCUUUCCAAAGGAAAUGGAGUCCUUGAUCUGAGCGGAAAUCCCAUCCGAUGCGGUUGUGACAUGGCAUGGCUCGUACUCGGUGAGAAAUAUAUUAGGAAUCUCUCUGGGAAGUGUCACAACGGAACAGAAUUCAAGGACUUACAUCGAGAUAUCAUGACAGAAUGUGAUCGUCAAUGUCCGCACCAGUGCGUCCCACAUCAAUGGAUUUCUUCCUGCAAGCCAGAGACAUCACCACAGUGUGACUCUCACAAUGUACCUACUCCGGAAAUAGAAUGUGGGAGAAAUUUGCAACCGGUGCCCUUGGCAGCGGGAGGAAAGGCAUCCGGCGUUGGAAAGUGGCCAUGGCAAACAGCUAUUUAUGACAUCCAGAAGCAACUCCUCCUUUGUGGAGGGGCUCUCAUUCGAGAACAAUGGGUACUCACCGCGGCUCAUUGUCUCGCCGUUAGUGGUACCUCAAGAGUUCGAUCUGCGAAAGACUUCCGUGUUCAUCUCGGGAAAUAUUAUCGGAAUGCGUCUCUGGACGAUGAAUUUAUUCAAAUGAGAGAGGUGGCUGGUUGGGGCGACAAUGCUUCUGACAUCCUGAGUGAUGAAUUGACGGAGAUAAAUAUCCCUGUGGUAUCGAAUAGCAAUCGAAGCACCGUCGGCGGGAGAGGAGAAGUGCACAGGUGUCGGAACGCUGGUCGAGGUCCUUCCUAUCAAAGCAUGGGGUAUCCAACUCCCGAGUUUCGAGACCUUCCCGACCGUGGACAGGCGGUGUUCGAUGGUGGAGAGGGAGCACCCGAGGACGGCGGCCAUGUGUCGAGUGGUCAUGCGGGGAUCGGCUUUCAUGAGUUGUAG